GGGGGGGUAAGAAAAGGGAAAGAGAGGAAGCGGAGCCGGCCCGUACGGUGGCCGAAGAGGGACGCGCUGUGCCAGAGGCUGCAGGAUGAUGCGGUUCAUGCUGCUGUUCAGCCGGCAGGGGAAGCUGCGGCUGCAGAAAUGGUACCUGGCUAUGUCAGACAAGGAGAGGAAAAAGAUGGUUCGAGAACUUAUGCAGGUCGUCCUGGCCAGAAAGCCCAAGAUGUGCAGCUUCCUGGAGUGGAGAGACCUCAAAGUUGUCUAUAAGAGAUAUGCCAGCCUCUACUUCUGCUGCGCCAUUGAGGGCCAAGAUAAUGAGCUCAUCACACUGGAACUGAUCCACCGAUAUGUGGAGCUCCUGGACAAGUAUUUUGGCAGUGUAUGUGAACUCGACAUCAUCUUCAACUUUGAGAAGGCCUACUUCAUCUUGGAUGAAUUUCUGAUGGGUGGUGAUGUCCAGGAUACCUCUAAGAAAAGUGUGCUGAAGGCCAUAGAACAAGCAGAUCUACUACAGGAGGAAGAUGAGUCACCUCGAAGUGUCCUGGAGGAGAUGGGUUUGGCAUAGCUUCCCACCCCAAUGGGAGAUACAUUGCAGGGUUGCCAUAACUUGGCAGACAUGACUGGUUGCUUCAAAGUCCACACACGUUCAGAUCCCUCUUCCCUGUGGAAUACCCUUUCCCUGCUCUCUCAGUUUCUCUUGGAGAGAGUUGUGGACUGGAAUCCUUCAAACAUUCCUUCUUUCUCUGACUCCCAUCACUUCAUGUUCCUUCAUUUUUUCCAGUUUGGGUUUGAGAAAUUGGAUGGGUAGAGAAAGACUAUGACCAAGAAGAGAGGUGUGAUGAUGUAUGUUUCUCUCUCUCUUUCCCCAUCCUGAGAACUGACUUCAUCCAAACCUUACUUCAUUCUCCCAUACACUGUAAAUAUAUAAAUAUGUCAGGUUAAAUGGAAAUUGUUUUCAGCCCUCCACCCACCCAAAGAAAAAUAACAUACCUCUAUUUCCUCCCCCUCCCUGCACCAGUCAGUCAGGCCUUAAUCGUUUCCUAGGGAAAGGUAUCUCUAGUAUAUUAAGGAGGGGUGUCUUUCUUUACAUCUCUCACCCCUGCCCCACUCUCAGGGUGGGUUUGAAUCGUAGGGAAGAACACAGCUAAUUUUUAAAAUCUUAUGACUUUGAGGGAAGGGAUACAGGAAGGUUUGGGCCUGUUGGGAACUCAGUGGAACCCCAAAUGUUCUAAUUUAGGGGGAGGGAGGAAAGAAGGGUGCUUAUUUGUCUCUGUUUCCUUUCUUCCUGAAAUAAAAGGACUAUCAUUUCUGGA